AUGUCUCAAUCACAGCUUGACGUGGUGAAAUCCAUGUACGACGAGCGCAGCGAACAGUACGACGAGAAUGAUGUCCACGUGAGACAAGCGCAGGACUACAUCACCUGGGCAGAUCUGAAGGAGGGCGAGAACCUCCUCGACCUGGCCUGCGGAACGGGUCUCGUUGCCAUCGGUGCCAAGAGUGUCGUAGGCCCGUCAGGGCGCGUCGUCGGCGUCGACAUCAGCGAGGGGAUGCUCAAGGUCGCGCGCCGCAAGGCCCAAGCUGCGGGACUCGACAUCGCGUUUCUCAACCACGACGUUUGCGACCUCGCUGGUCUCCACAUUGUGCCGAAGGAGGACUACACGGAUGAAUUCUUCGACGUGAUAACCUGCGCUGCGGCGCUGAUCCUCCUGCCCGACCCGCUUCAGGCCGUCAAGAAUUGGAAAUCGGUGCUCAGACCCGGUGGCCGCCUGAUCACCGACGUGCAGACCAAGGACGCAAACGUGGUCAUGAAUAUCUUUUCGGCUAUCGCUCCGCAGGUCGGCGAGACCGUGCCCUGGCACUCGCAUCUGUGGCAGUCACAGCAAGCGCUGGCGACUUUGAUGGUUGACGCGGGGUUUCAUGUCGACAAGGUCUUUGAGACAGAGGCCUACGCAAAGGCACAGUAUCAUCUAGACACUGCGCCGGAACUCUUCGACAAGGCUGUCAGCAAGGCCAUGUUCAAGGACUUUGGCCGCGCCGACAUUUGUGAGAAAGCCAAAGACUUGUUUGUCCGGAAGUUCGCAGAGAUUGCUGGGUCCAAAGAUACCAUUGAGGAGGAGACAAGGUAUUGGGUCACCGUGGCCACGAGACCGGGAUGA